CCUGCGACUAUUUUGCACAGACACGUCAUAACCGCUACGCAUGACAAACAACUUUUGACAUAAGUCAAACCGUACUCAUCGUCUGAGUUAAAAAAAGUGAAAAUACGAAUUAUUUUCACAUAUGUAGUUAUAUUAAUUAAACCAAAUGUGCAUGCAUUAAACCAUAUAGCCGUAACAAUUAAAACAAAAGUAAAAGACGCUUUUUUCUCUAAUCAGAUCAACAACACCGUUAUCAACUUACCAUAGUAGUAAAAAUACAAUAAAAUGGGUGGUGUUUUGAGCUACUUUCGUGGACUGCUCGGUUCACGCGAAAUGCGCAUACUGAUAUUGGGUCUGGAUGGCGCUGGUAAAACAACUAUACUUUAUCGCCUGCAAGUCGGUGAAGUGGUCACAACAAUACCGACAAUCGGUUUCAACGUCGAACAGGUUACAUACAAAAAUUUGAAAUUCCAAGUAUGGGAUUUGGGUGGACAGACGAGUAUAAGACCGUAUUGGCGUUGUUACUAUAGCAAUACAGAUGCUAUAAUUUAUGUAGUGGAUUCUGCAGAUCGCGAUCGGAUAGGUAUAUCAAAAGAUGAGCUGCUCUACAUGUUGAGGGAAGAGGAACUUGCCGGCGCCAUACUUGUUGUGCUGGCAAAUAAACAAGAUAUGGAGGGUUGUAUGACCGUUGCCGAAGUGCAUCAUGCGCUUGGUUUGGAGAAUUUAAAAAAUCGCACUUUCCAAAUAUUCAAAACAUCAGCGACCAAAGGUGAAGGCUUAGAUCAGGCGAUGGAUUGGCUUUCAAAUACGUUGCAAAGUCGUAAAUAGUGCAACUAGAAAUAAUCAUCUAUACAUAGAAUUUCCAACCCAACUGUUUCCCCAAAACAAAAAACAAAAACAAGAAAAAAAGAAGAAGAGUUCUUUAAAAUAUUUUUAUUUGUUCUUAAUUUUAAGUAAUUACUAUAUGCAUUUUAUAUAUAUACAUAUAAAGAAAACAAAUCAAAUGAAUGAAAUCAAUUAAUUUGUUGUUGGUAGGCACCACAUAAGGCAAAUAAUGCAAGUGUACAUUUAUAAGAAAAUAUGCAUUGAAAAAAAGAAACGCAAUAUUAUGAUGUGACCACACCACGACGCGCCCACAUAAAUACAUACAUAAAAAAAUUAAUUUUUAAGCAAGUCGGCGCAUAUUUUUUUUUUUUUUUUUGUUUUGAAAAUUACUAUUUAAAGCGUUUAUGGAAAAGCAAAUAUUAAAGUAAUUAAAAUGUAUUUAAAAAGGCUUUGCCUGGAUGCUAAUAUCUUGCAAUUAAUUUCCAGUUUUGUCAGUAGGCAAAAAAGAGCAGAAAGAAAAAAUUGAACUAAUUUUAAGCGUCUUAUAAAAAAUAGCGUAGCGUCGCGCUUACUACCACCAACGCGCAUAGUAGGUAUUUUUAGUUUAUAGCUAACAAUUGGCGCGGUAUCUUUGUAAAAAUAAAAACAUAUUGAUAGCAUUAAUAAAAAAGAGAUAAAAAAAAGUA